AUGAGCACGUCGGACGUGGAGGAGGAUCGCGAGAUCAACGUAGACACGGACAGCCGGUGCAGCGGCGACGACGACAGCUACCGCAGCAGCGACGGCUCCGCCGCCGCCGCCGCCUUCGCCUCCCACGUCGUCAAGGAGCGCCUCACAGCGACGUUCCCGAUCACGAGGCGGAUCGGCCACCCGUACCAGAACCGGACGCCGCCCAAGCGCAAGAAGCCGCGCACUUCGUUCACGCGGCUGCAAAUCGCCGAGCUGGAGAAGCGCUUCCACAAGCAGAAGUACCUGGCGUCCGCCGAGCGCGCCGCGCUCGCCAAGACGCUCAAGAUGACGGACGCGCAGGUCAAGACCUGGUUCCAGAACCGCAGGACCAAGUGGAGGCGGCAGACGGCGGAGGAGCGCGAGGCGGAGCGGCAGGCGGCCAACCGGCUGAUGAUGUCGCUGCAGGCCGAGGCGCUCAGCAAGGGCAUGUACCCGCCCCCACACCCGCCGCCACCCCCGCCGCCGCACCCGGGGGCGGACGCGCCCGGCGCGCUGGCGGCCGCCGCCGCGGCUGCCGCAGCCGCCUCCGUGUCCGCGGCGGGACAGCCGCCGCAGCCGCCCCCGCACCUGGCUGUCUCCACGGCGGGCGGCGCCGCCUCCACGACGGCGCUGAGCGCGCUGCAGAACCUGCAGCCCUGGGCCGGCGCAGACUACGGCGUGCACCCGCCUCCGCCGCCCCCGCUCGCCUCACCCAUCUGCUAG